AUGGACCUACCUAGAUCUUUGGCUCGGAGUGCUCGUGAAAGGCUGACACCAAUCCCAGAGGAAGAUCCAUCGCAGGGUUCACUGAAGAACCAGGAAAGAAAAGGGGAAAGGAAAAUAAAAAUAACGGCGGGUGAGUUAACCAGAUAUGCCAUGCUGACAAUGGAAGGAUACAUUGAAAAAUCAGGUGAAAAAACUGGCGGGGCAACUACCGAAAAGGAACCAAGGCCUAGGUUUCGCAAUGUGGCACCAAUAAGGAUAGAGGCUGGAUUAGAGGCAAUUCCGUUCGAGGGAAGAAUUGAGUACUGGGUUAGAGAGGAACGACAGAAAAGGAAUUGGGAGCAAGACCAAAUGACAGGAGUCGACGACGAUAAUAAACGGUUCAAGCAUCGCGCAUGA